AUUUUUGGUUCGGCUUUGGAAAUCUCUAAAUUUCCGAUGGAAAGCGUCACCUUGCAGCUUGACACAGUAGUUAAGUAGGUACCUACCUAUUAAGUAAGUUUUUCUAAGACCGCGGAAUAGUCGGCGAUGCAUACAUGCGUACCUACCUAUUUGCCGAUGGGUCAUACAUAGGUAGGUACAUAUGUUAGGUCAUUCGUGCAUCCGUACCUAAGGUAGGUAGUGUUCACAAGAUCGCCCGUAAUUAAUCGGCCGAACCAGUCGACGGUCCCCUUAGCUUAUAUCGGCAUCAUCACGCGUCUCAAUUAACCCCGUACCCCUUGUUCGCCGGACGGCAAGUGGCUACGGCACGUGCUGCAACUUUUGCUUUUUACAUCUUACACCACAUACAUCAUCGCACAGUACCUGACAACAAAUCUAACGCACGUUAGUCUCGCAGGUUGGAAAACAUCCUAGCAUCAUAUCCCGAGUUACACCCUAGUCCCGGGUAGGGCCGUUGCGGAUGUAUGUCGAAGUCUGGCCCACGCCUCAAGGAUGAGGGCUCACGACUCCAAGUCGUAACCGCUGGGGCUACAGCCGGUCUAAUAUCCCGGUUCGUCGUCGCGCCCCUUGACGUUAUCAAGAUCCGUCUGCAGCUGCAAUCGCACUCGCUCUCAGAUCCGCGAACUCACCUCGACCUCCGCGGCUCUCCCAUCUAUAAGGGCACUAUCGGCACGUUCCGCCACAUCGUCGCUAAUGAAGGCGUCACCGCCCUGUGGAAGGGCAACGUGCCCGCCGAGCUGAUGUACGUCGCAUACGCCUCUAUCCAGUUCACCACCUACCGGUCCACGACGCAGCUACUACGCACCCUUUACGGCGACGCCCGCCGGCUCCCCCAGUCCGUCGAGUCGUUUGUCAGCGGUGCUGCGGCCGGUGCAGCAGCCACCGCGGCUACGUACCCGUUGGACUUGCUACGGACGCGGUUCGCGGCCCAGGGCAACGACCGCGUGUACGUGUCGCUACGGCGGGCGGUCGCUGACAUAGCACGGGACGAGGGCGUGCCUGGCUUUUUCCGUGGACUGGCGCCUGCGUUAGGGCAGAUCGUACCGUUCAUGGGGCUCUUCUUCGCCGUGUACGAGGGCGCGCGGCUGCCGCUGGGACGAGUCGAUGCGCUGCCUUGGGGCACGGGAGACGCCACGGCUGGAAUCAUCGCUAGCGUCGUGGCGAAGACGGGCGUGUUCCCGCUCGACCUCGUGCGCAAGCGUAUCCAAGUCCAGGGCCCCACGCGGAGCCGCUACGUCCACAAGAAUAUCCCCGAGUACGCCGGCACGGUAAGCACCAUACGCCGGAUCCUUGAGAGGGAAGGGGUUAGGGGCCUGUAUAGGGGGUUGCCGGUUAGUCUGCUUAAGGCGGCUCCUGCGAGCGCUGUCACGAUGUGGACGUAUGAGCGGACUUUAGAUUUCCUAGUUAAGAAGGCGGAGCGUAAUGCUGAGUUGUAAAGAUAGGAUAGACAAGGCUGGCUGCGUAUGACAUAAAAAUAGGGGAUACUAUGACGGCGUUGAAUAAAAUCAGGAUAGAUGUUGCGGAGAGCAACUUAUAGAAUAUACCAUGCGUUGGUUUACCAAACAAAACCACUUGUACUUAUAUUGGUUCAGAUUACGAUCAAAAUUAUUGUUUGAGGAUGAAC